CUCCAUCUCGUCCUGCACAUAGACUCGUACUCGCUCACAGACUUAUUGGUAUAUCCGACUUCUUCAAUUCCUUCCUUCGACAUUAUAGCCUAUCCUACCAUAUUCCAGUUAUGGUCAUAUCCUAGAGAAACACAUCGAUAUCGUUGCCAACGACUCAUGCCCUCAACCCCCAUUUCGAUGCGUGUAACGCUUGGUCCUCGCAGUAUCAUACUUGUCAGAGUCCCUCUUGAUGGCCAUUCUUCCGCCUCGCACUCCUGAUUGAUACGAACAUCUUGUUCCUCCACCCCGCACCCUACGGUCGAUCGAUACCUCUUGACAUCAGCGUCCCUCGGUCAUGGUCGGUCGAGAUGUUGGGGCCGCUACACAAGCACGGCGGGAUUCACGCGACAAACAAAGCCCGUCACAGACAUUAGAUGGUGACACUACCACAACAGGAGUUGUUGACGGAAUCGCCGCACGUAAAGGCCGCUGGGUUGACACAGACGAAUUCCAUAUUGAGGUCCCUCAGCUGCCGCAGUCGACUGAGGUAGCCCUUGCUACGCUCUCUACCCUACCUACUCCCCUGCUCGUUCUGUCCUCUUUGAAGACGGUUAUUCUUGCGAAUUCAGCUGCCGGCCGACUGCUAGGAGUAGAUCAGGAUGGGGUGGAUACCACGGUCACCGACAUCCUUCGAGGCCAGUCACUGUCACAAAUCGGCAUAGACAUGGUUUCAGAAGGUGCCCCGGUUUGGGUCAGUUGGGAAAAAUUCCUCGAUAACCUGGCAGGUGGACUCGAAGCGAUGGGUAGGCACAAGAGCUCCCCUGGCGAGCUGCUACCCGGCGUUCAGAAAAGAGACGAUACCCCUACCGGUUCACCAAGUGCCCGAAGAGCACAAUCCCCCGUCCGCAGCAGAACCAAAAAGCGACAAGACACGGUGGUUGACGUUACUAUUUCUUCUCCCAAGAGCGCACAACACCACCGUCGCCAUUCAGAGAAGGCCAACCAAAGUCGAAGACAGAACGUCCGCGCAACUUGUCGGAUGAUUAUCAGCAUCUGGAGUCUAGAAGGACAACAGUUCUUCACCCUGACUUUCACCAGCCUUCCCUCCUCUCACCAUCAUCAAUAUCGCAAACACCAUGCUCCGGCAGAAUCUAUACAUCGCAAACCAUCUUCCAAUUCAACACAAUCGUCGCAAUCCUCUCAGUCACAAACCCCUAAUUCAUCUGAAUCAACAUCAAAUGUGAAUACUCCCUCCGAGAAUUCAAGUACUGGCAUGACCUUUCCCCCGAAUAGUGCCCCGACCCAGUGUGCUCCAUCUUCGACUCUCACAGACUUCCAAAAAGUUCUCAAAAUGAAAAACGCCAUGCUGAAUGCGGUCGAGAUGCCUCUGAUUGCCAUGUGGAAGGACGAAAGCGUGGUUUUCCCAAAUAUGGCCGCCCGUCGAUUGCUAACCGUCGACGCUGACCCAACUUCUGAUGAUUCCUACGACUUCCUUUCGCGGUUUAGACCUUGGGCGCCCGAUUUCUCUCAUGAGCUCUCUGAGAGCAACAACCCCAUCGUCGCACUCUGCCGUUCACAAUUACCCUUCAGCAACUGGCAAAUUGGCAUGAUGAGCCACCGCACAGGGAAGAAGUCUACCUUUGACGUGAGUGGACAUCCCGUGUUUGACGAAACCACCGGAGAAUUCCUAGCUGGGUUGAUCGCUUUCAAAGACGUUACCUCCUAUGCGGACAAAAUUGCUUCUCAAGCUGCAGAGCAGGAAGACUGGUUUCGACUCAUGUGUGACAUGAUGCCGGUCAUUUGCUGGACUACGAGGCCCGAUGGGUAUAAUGACUACUUCUCGAAGAGAUGGUAUGAUUAUACUGGUCUGCAGAAGGCUGACACUGAAGGCUUUGAUUGGCACGCUCCUUUCCACCCAGACGACAUAGAAGAGGCUUUUCCAGUUUGGAAGAAUUCUCUAGCGACAGGUCAAAAGUUUGAGGUCCAGUAUCGGUGUAGAAAUAAGGAUGGUGAAUGGAGGUGGAUGCUUGGGAGUGCUCUGCCACUUCGGGACCACUCCACCGGUUUAAUCGUCAAAUGGUUCGGUAGCUUGACAGAUAUCCAGGAUAUCAUCGAUGCAAAGCUGGCUCAGCAGCAAGCUCGACAGAACCUGGUCGACGUCCUUAGACACUCUCAGAUGAGUGUGUGGAUUGUUGAUCAAAGUGAAUCAGUCACGUUCUGGGAAGGGGAUUUCAUGAAUAGUAACGAUGGAAAAGCCGCGAUCGUCGGAAAGCCGAUCGAUCAAGCAUUCCGUCGAUAUGUCAACCAGAACUCGAUCACCGAAUUUCGCGAGGCGAUCAGACGAAUUCUAAGAGGCGCAUCCGAUCUCGAGAUUUGUGAAAACGAGCUCAACUCACGGUGGUUUCGCUCUAAACUAGUUCCACUCAAGACGAAGGGGUCUGGUGAAGGUGCAGAAGAGAAUAUCAUUACGGGAGUCAUUGGAAUUGGUUCUGAGGUCACGCAACUGAGACGAAAAGAGCUAGAAAACAUCAAACUACUCGCCAACGAAACCGCCGCGAAGGAAGCAAGUAAGAUGAAGAGCAGUUUUCUAGCAAACAUGUCUCAUGAAAUCCGCACCCCAAUCGCAGGAGUCUUGGGAAUGUCAGAAUUGCUCUUGGAUACGACAUUGGAUGAAGAGCAGAGCGACUUUGCCCAAAAUAUCCAGCGAUCUGCCAACUCAUUGUUGACGGUGAUCAAUGACAUCCUUGAUUUCUCCAAGAUCGAAUCCGGCAGGUUAGACAUUGAAGAAGUGCAGUUCAGCUUGAAUAUUGUUCUUCAAGACGUUACCAAGAUGCUGACAUAUGCUGCCAAGCGUAAGGGCUUAGACUUCAGCAGUGAGAGUAACCUUGGUUCAGAAGAACGUCUUGUGUUGCUUGGAGAUCCCGGUCGGAUAAGGCAGAUACUCAUGAAUCUGUUGACAAACAGCAUCAAAUUCACGUCCGAUGGGUACGUCAAAAUGAGCACGCACAUUGUCGACGAAACUCCGGACACUGCUACAAUUGAAUUCUGCGUUGAAGACAGUGGUAUUGGCAUUGAAGAAGAGGUGAAGAAAAGACUGUUCAAACCCUUCAGCCAAGCAGAUUCGAGCACUGCGAGACGUUUUGGAGGCACCGGCCUCGGCCUGACGAUAUGCAAGAACCUGGUCGAACUUAUGCGUGGAAAGAUCACAUUGGACUCGAAUUUGGAUGCUGGAACGAAGGCUAUCUUCUCCAUUCCUUUCAAAAAGGUGGAAUACAAUGCCAGCUCGCCCAUGGAUCUGCUUGACAUCGGUCUCAUUCCGGAAAGGUUGCAGUCCGAACUGUCGCUGUCUUUAACAGGGUCUUCCAGGGAGGAAAAUCGUGUCUUCAACCAUACAUCAUCGCCGUCAAAAAUAAUGUUGCCUUCAGGCGGAGCGGUUCAUCGACGCUCAGUGACCGAGCAGGGAAUAGCAGCGAUGGUACCCGGUCCAAAUACCGACAGGAGAAAGUUCCAUAUCCUGAUAGUCGAAGAUAAUCCAGUCAACCAGCAAAUUGCUCUCAGAUUUAUCAGAGCGCUCAAUUUUCCUGCGAGUGCGGUUUGGAAUGGACGGGAGGCUCUCGAGUACCUUCUGAAAGCGACAUCCCCACAUCUGACCCCUGAGGAGGCGAAGGAGUACCCCAUACCAUCAUUGAUCUUCAUGGAUGUUCAAAUGCCUGUCCUGGAUGGUUACCAUGCAACACACUUGCUUCGACAUCACGCCCCCUUCACUACGAUUCCGGCCAUCAAUCACAUCCCCAUUGUGGCAAUGACAGCUUCAGCAAUUCAGGGCGACAGGGAAAAAUGUGAAAGAGCUGGUAUGGACGACUAUAUGGCCAAACCCGUCAAGCGAACUGCAUUGGAGAAGACCAUAUUGAAAUGGAUAGCAUCCGGUCGUGCUUCUAUCGCCCCAAAAUCUGGGCCAUCAGGUGAUGCUGUAGGCACCACAAAAGCGACAUCCAAACGAGCACCAACAGACCACUCCUCGACAUGCACCGAACACGAUAACAUCGCCCUAGAAUUCUUUGCGCAAUACAUGCCACAGCCUGCGGUGGUGGAAACUUCCCCUCCGAACACAGCGGAGGUUGCUCGGGCACGCCGAUCUAGCAUUUCGAGAAUAAUUCUGGAGAGCGAGAUUCCUGGUGGUGAGAGCGAAGGUGAUCGUACAAGACGGCGAGCGGACGCAGAGGACAAAGCUCGAUCUCUUCGAGAUGCCAAACUAAUUUCUGCGACAGAGCUUGGUCCAAAUCAAGCCAGCAUCGCACCGAGAGUGGUGCUGACUGACGCCGACCUGCCAAACGGAAUACCAGAAUCCGGGCGGGUUGGGGACAGUUUCUCUCGAAUGGCCCUGACUGAAGAGAAUGUCUCUUUAUUCAACCACACGCAGGACACAGACUCGUCUACAGUUGGAACAGACUGCUCAGAAAUUGCAAUAGACGAUGAUACGUAUCCUAUGCCCGACAUUCCCGGGCCUCCGCCUCAAGGCCUGGUGGCUACCGUGGAUCUUGCACAUCCAAACACGGCUACAGGCGCAGUAGUUCAGACAUUCUUAGAGACGGCUGGAGUAUCGCCUCUUGUUGAGGUACCAGCAUUGACACUGGCAAAGUCUGCGGAUGGGUCACCGAAGAGGAAUCGCCGAGAGGUUGGAGGUUUGUCUCUUGACCGAAGGCAUCAAAGCGAUUGGAGUAGUAGCACGGCAAAACCAGAUUGGUCAGGUUCAUGAGAACGUUUUUGUGCUGUCCAUGGUUGGAUUGAAGGUUUCCCCUGGAUGCGUUAGAAUCUACACUAUUCAUAUCAUGUUGGUGAGAAUCUCUCGGUGUUUGGUGUUUGGCGUUGGAAAUCAGGUUCCCGCCUGAUGUUUUAAGUGUCAAAACUCACGAUUGCCUUGUGAACGGCCUUCUGGAGGGGUUGGUUAUCUGGAUCAAGACCUCAUCACGCUGGUCUAUUUUUGGUACGUACACGAGUGACGCGACUACGACUUAUGGCAGAGUACACGAAGACGCCAUGAGAGGAUCAGGAUGGAUUUUCAUGGCUGAUCCACGGUGGUCAAGAAAGGUGAGGUGAUCUCAGCAUGCUACAUCCAGACCCCAAGAAGCGUAUUGUCUCUUCGAGGCAGUUGACAGGUCGAGAUGGGGCCAUGGUUUCUGAGGUCUGCGCCGUGAGGAGAUGUUAGACUUUGGUUUGUAACUAAGCAGGCAUAAAGCAACUAUUUGGUGUUUGAUAUAUAUAUAUAUAUAUAAAUCAAUAUCCAGUCGAG